ACUUGUGACUUUCUUAGAAGAAUUUAAACGGGCGAGACAAUCUUGGAAUGAUCUCAAUGAUGAAGGUCUUACUCUAGCAAACACAUUAGUCAAUACAAAAUUGCAAGAACGACUUACAGACAAUCCAUCGGAUUGCUCACCAGAGUCAAAUGAUUUCAUACGCUCAAAUGACGAUCAUGAUAUUCUUGAUGACAAAGUUGCCACCUUGAGAGAAUCAUUUCAACAAAUCGUCGAAAAAAUGGCAAAACAACUUACAAAAAUGAAAAUGCAAAUUCUUCAAAUGGAAUUCCUUCUUGAAGAAGCAUGUGAAAGCAUGGGCGAAGAAUUUGUUUACAAUAAUCCAUUAUAUUUAUCAUUUGAAUUUUCUGUUAUAAUUUUUAAUAUGUUUAUUCAAGAAAUGGAUCUUAAGCAAAAAAUAAUUUUAUCUCUUGAAUUGAAAUUGGAAAAACAACAAUUUAUGGCUUACAAGAUUGUUUAUUAUCAUUGUUUAUAUCUUAUUCCUACAGUAAUGUAA